AUGCCUAGACCUCGGAAGCGUAGGAGAUGUAUGGUCGAGGGACAGUCUGAAGCCCCAAGUGAGACAGAGGGCCAAAUGAGUGUUGCAGUUUCAAUAGAAGAAGAUUCUUCUUCAUCCUCUUCUACUUAUUCCUCAUCUUUCCCUUCUUCCUUCUCUUCUACCUCUUCUUCCUAUAGUCUAAUGUCAGGCAACUCAGAGGAGGGCUCUGCUGCUUCUAGGGCAUCAAGUCCUCAUAGUACUCCAGGAGCUUGCUCCUCCUGCACUGCUAUGAUUUUCUCUCCAUGUAGCCAAGUCAGUGCAGACUCCGAAGGUGAGGAAAGCCCAGGUGCCUCACAGGCUCUUCCAGGUGGUGCUUCAUUGUCUACAGGUGAGAUAGAUGUCAAAGUAGAUGAGUUGGUAAAAUAUCUGCUCUUUAAAUAUCUUAUGAAGGAGCCAGUCAGCAAGGCAGAAAUCCUGAGUAAUAUCAUUAGAAAUUAUCAGGACCACUUUGCUGUUAUAUUUAGAGAAGCCUCAGAGUGCAUGCAAUUAGUCUUUGGCCUUGAAUUAAAGGAAAUAGAUCCUGCUGGCCACACCUAUAUCCUUACCAUAGCCCUAGAGCUCACUUAUGAUGGGAUGAUGACUGAUGUUCAGGGCAUACCUAAGACAGGCCUCCUGAUCAUGGUACUGAGCAUAAUAUUCAUGGAAGGCAACUGUACCAGUGAGGACAUGGUAUGGGGUGUAUUGAAUAACAUAGGCUUGUAUGCUGGGAAUGAACACUUUAUAUAUGGAGAACCCAGAAAGCUCAUCACUGAUGAUUUUGUACAAGAAGGGUUCUUGGAGUACAGGCAGGUGCCUGGCAGCCACCCUCCUUCUUAUGAGUUCCUCUGGGGCCCAAGAGCCUAUGCUGAAACCACCAAGAUGAAAAUCUUGACCUUUUUGACUAGCAUCAAUGGUAGUGAUCCCAGAUCAUACCCAAUGUGGUAUGCAGAGGCUUUGAGAGAUGAGGAACAGCAGGAAUAG